CGGUGCAGUUUAUUUCAGUAAUCAGUUACAGGGUUAUGCUCUUGUGUUUAAUCAGAUAUAGAAGUCUUCAUGGUUGGACCACAGGUCACUUUAGAUAAAAUCCCUCAACUCGACACGAUAAAUUCUUCUGUGGACAUCGAUCUCAUUGGGAUCGCCAAGAACAACAAUGAAAGAUCAGCUGCUGUGGCUUUCAUGAGCUACAACACGAUGGAGAAUCUACUGAAGCCAGACUUCUUCAACACACCAAAGGACACGAUUAAAACCAUGAUGUCCACCGUGAUCUCAGCUACUCUUCCCAAAACCACCAACACUAAGCUAACUAAACCAAUCAAGUUCACCCUCAAACACAUCAGAGAGUUUGAUCCCAGCGGUUCUCUGUUCUGUGUGUACUGGAAUAUCAGCGAGUGGAUUGUAGAUGGUUGUUCUGUUUUAAUGUCCAACAACAGCUACACUGUGUGUUCCUGUGAUCAUCUGUCCACAUUCGCUCUCAUGCAAACCAGCCGCCCACCAGAGGUACAAAACAUUUCUAGUGAACACUCAAGAACAGCACAGAUUUGGUACUCAUGUUCUCUCACAUGUUUUCUCAGAGCAACUCACUGCUGGUUAUUUUGGUGUGUGUGAUGGUGGGGCUGGUGUUCAUCAGUUUGUCCCUGUUGACCUUUGCCCUUUAUAAGUGGAGUCCUCUGCGUGAUUGGAUGCGUGGUUGCGUUGUGCUGAACCUUGAAGGCUACAACA